CGUAUUGGUGUCAACGGACCGUUCUGCGACAGACGACGACGUCAGGUGACAGCGACGUCAGGUGUUUCACGCCGACGCUCCGUUAUAAAAAGAAACAGCGCCUACGCAAGCCGUAGGAGGUCAAUCGGUGACGUCACACGCGGCGCUUUCAGUCGAAAAAAAAUUAUAAAGACGUCUCCAGAUCGCGGUUUGUGUUGAAGUCCUGACGGGGGAACCUCAAGGGGAUUGCCAACGUCUUCAAGGAAGGAUUUCGCCUCCUUGUUAACCCGCCUGAAGGACCCUUCGCCAACCGCUGCUUGAAGUAACAAGUCGACCACCGACAAGGUCCCAUUUUAAGUACCAAAUCUAUUCCCCCCUCGGCUCGUUUGGAGAAACCGCGGCUGUCAGUCACUGCUGAAGCUUAGAGGAAAGGCUUUCCCCCCACAUAAAGGUCGACUUAUUUUGACGGUAGACGUUGCCUGGAGACCGUUAGCUGGGGAUUGAUGCGGAGAGAAAAGGCGAGUAACAAGCUGACAGCCGCCGCGGCAGUCCUCAAGUGUUGACUUAGCGCAUCAGCUGCUCCUACGGCAAACACUGCUGCCUUACCGCGCCCGUGCGCAGGCCGACUAACAUAAGAGCGUGCAAGGUGAACCUCGCGCUACCACGACCAUACAGAAACACAGCAACGGGAGAGAGGAGAGACCUAGCUUGGUAAUCAUACCAUCGGCCGCUCAGCUAUCUCUACGGUGCUGUGAGCGUAGUCAACCCGCCCAGUUCGUUCGCACACGCCGAGGAAUUUUGUACCGGAUUACCUUAAUUGGGCUGGGCAAUUAGAUUUCUACCGCGUGAAACUACCACCGGGCGAGAGAGAUUACUCCGGCGGCAGGGAGGUUCAUCUGUCCCGAACAGAGUCUGUCCAAGCCACGAUAGAUAGCUAGUUAGGACAUAAGAACACAAGAUGAGCCAGUUUAAGUACGACAGAGAGGACAUCAGGGAAGCGGCGCUGAAGAGGCAGCAGAAGCGGCUGGGACACCAUGGCCACGCGGGGUUCGUGCACAGGGACUCCUCCGACCUGCUCCCCAUCGACGAUCUCAAGAAAAUGGGAACGGUCUCCAAGGAGACGCAACCCAAAGCGAUCGUGCAGCAGAAGGCGCUGAAGGAGACGUUCCGGCGGUCCGACAGCAAAGAGCAGCCCGGCCAGAGGAACAGGUCCAUGUCACAGGAUGCUACGGGUACAGAGGCCUUGAUCGUUCCCUCCCCCCGGCCCCGGACGGGCCGCAGACAUCACUCCUGUAGCGAGUACGACAACAGUGACAGUCCGUCCAGACUAGGCGGCGACAACACGCUACUCUUCAUCAAGUGCAAGUGCAAUGACCACGAAGUAAAGGCAGUGGUGGACACCGGCAACAUCUUCUCCGUCAUGUCCGAAGAGACGGCGACAACUUGCGGGUGA